CACAAUUUCAUCAAACAGAAGCGUACAAGUUUAGAACACUGGAGAAGGGGCAAUUUCCCCAUAAUUACCGACCCAACACCACAUCCCCCACACAUCUUUUGCCUACAGUCCACAACCCUUAACACAGAUAAUUUGUCUUUUCUCUCGUCAGAGAAUCAGAGACUCCCAUCUUUCUCUCUUUAAAUUUGGAGUCUUCGGUAAUGGCGAGACCUAAUCAGGAAGCAAUCGAGACAUUCAUGAACAUCACCGGCGUAUCACAACCCGUUGCUAUACAAAAGCUCGAGGAGCAUGGUAGCAAUCUCAAUGAAGCCGUUAAUGCACAUUUCAGUGAAGGGGAUCGAAACACCACGCGCGAAGCAUCUGUUGCUGCUCCUCAGGAUGAUGUAAUGGACAUAGAUGAUCCGAUUCAAAAUGAACCCCGCAGAUCUCCUUUCUCACUUUUUUCUUCUGCUGGAAAUUUGGAUCCUUUUUCUCUCCUUGAUCCUGAUUUCCGGAGAAGUAUAUUUGAUGGUGGUACUGAUUUUUCUAGUGGUGCCCCUUUUGUGUCCCAUCCAAGAGAAGUGAGGGAGAUCCCUAUUGAGGUCAAGGAUGGGAAUGGGCAAUCAGGUCUUGCUCCUACCAUUGAGGAUGUCACUGAAACUGCAGAUACCUGUGGCCCAGAAACCCAUGGGCCUGUCAUAAUUGAUGAUGAAGAUGACAAAGAUAUUCCAACUGCUGCAUCUGCACAAGUUGCAGAACCGACUAAUUCUCAUGGAACACAUCCUAGACCAAGUGCCCCUGGGAUUGAUGAUUUACCUGACUACAGCAAUGAUAUAGAAGAAGAAAUGAUUCGAGCUGCGAUUGAGGCUUCCAAACGGGAUGCUGAAAUAGGUUAUCCAGAUGUACAAUUUGGUGUUCACUCUGAUCCAACUGAUCCCAUGCCUCCGCAAAGGCAAUCUCACCAAGAGGAUGCUGCACUUGCUCAUGCAGUUUCCUUAUCAUUGAAGACAGCGGAGCAAGAGAAAGCAUUGCGUGAACUGGAGGGGAAAGUUGGAGUGUCAGAGUUGGAAGCUUAUAAGUCAGACAAGGUGGAAGAGCUUGGGAAAUCUGCAUCAUCGAAUGGAAGCCCAUCUAGGUUGGAGGUGGGAAGCUCAUCUGUCCAGGAUGAGGCUGAAGAUGUUGAAGAACAGCCACUUGUUAGGCACAGUAGUAGGCAAAUGUCUUCUGGUUCUGUUGACACUGCUAAAGAUAUUGAAGAAAUAGAGGUUAGCCCUCCUUCAAGCCCCCAACAAGGUAUUAAUGCCAGUAAUCCACAUCAUAACAGAAGUGACAUCCAUUCCGAUGAGUGGGGAGGCAUCUCCUCGGAGGAACAUGAUGAAGCUGUCAUGCUUGAGGCUGCACUCUUUGGUGGAAUCCCUGAAGGGAGAGGAUAUCAUUUUCCAUAUGCACCACAUCAGCUCAUGCAGAAUGGCUUAGAUAGAUCUGUGGGUCCUUAUCCUUGGCGGAUGCCACGUCCUCCAUCACCUUCUCUCACUGCUCAACGUUUGCUACGGGAACAACAGGAUGAUGAAUAUCUUGCUUCACUGCAAGCUGACAGAGAAAAAGAAUUGAAGGCCAAGGAGGAAGCAGAAGCUCGUCGUUCAGAAGAACAAGCAGCUAGAGAAGUUGCUCUUGAAGAAGAAAGGCGAAAGGAGGAGGAAUCACGUAGAAAGUUGGAGGAGGAACAGGAGAUUGAGAGACAACUAGCGGCCAAAGAAGCAUCUCUUCCUCAGGAACCAACAACAAAUGAUGAAAAUGCUAUUACCCUUCUUGUGCGGAUGCCUGAUGGCAGCCGCCGCGGUCGCCGAUUUCUCAAGUCUGAGAAGCUGCAGUAUCUUUUUGACUUUAUUGAUGUUGGUAGAGGGGUCAAGCCUGGAACUUACAGAUUGGUGAGGCCAUAUCCGCGGCGUGCUUUUAGCGAUGGGGAGAGUGCCUUAACUCUGAACGAGCUAGGUCUAACAAGCAAACAAGAAGCCCUGUUUCUCGAGUUGAUUUAGUAGCAUGUUUGUCUUGUAAAGUUGUAAAAAGAAAAUGCUUGAAAAAUGUAGGGUCGAGGUCGACUAAUAAUUUAUACGUCAAACAUGGGGUUGUAGUGGGGUUUGUGAAAUUUGGUUGGAAUACAUGGCAACUAAACUAUCCAAUUGAAUGGGCAGACCAGGGUUUGUUUCAACGGGGGGUGGUUUGAUUGGUUUUGAGGAAUGAUAUAGUAUUUUAUAUUAAGAAUUUUCUGCAUUAUUAGAUCAGAGCAAAUUAUAUUUCCAUUCGGAUCGGUGGCUAUAUUUUUGUAGAAUUUUCAAUUCGGACCUUGAGCAAUAUUGGCUCAAAGCCUUUAGCUUUUUAAUUCGAGUAAAUGUGAAUCAUUCAUCUAAAUGUU